AUGGAACAAGUAAAGAAGCAGCAUCCCCAAACACGAGUUUUUAUCUUGUUAUUGAUUAUCCUAUUGUCUUUCACAAGCAAAUCAUCAGGAUCAUCAUCAUCGGAGUCAUCAAAAAAUAAAAAGCAUCACUUUGUUCUAGUGCAUGGAUCAUGCCACGGAGCAUGGUCAUGGUACAAGGUUAUUACACUUCUCAAAUCACGGGGUCACAAUGUGACUGCCUUAGACUUGGCAGCUUCAGGGGUCAACCAAAAGAAUGCUUCGGAGCUUAAAUCAAUUUCUGAGUACUUUGAACCUCUGACUAAGUUCAUGGCUUCAUCAGUGGAUGAAGGUCAAAGAGUAGUUCUUGUUGGUCAUAGCUUUGGUGGCUUUGCCAUAUCCUAUGCCAUGGAGCAUUUUCCUCACAAGAUUUCUGUGGCUGUUUUUAUCACUGCUUUCAUGCCGAGUCCACUCAACGUUUCCCCCGUCUAUCAAAUGGUAAUUAGCGAAUUAGAACCUGUUCAAGACAAUCGUUUCACUUAUAAUAAGGGACCUAAUAAAUCGGCCACAACAUUCAUUUUUGGACCACACUACCUUGCAUCUCGAUUGUAUCAACACAGUCCGAAACAGGAUUGGAAUCUAGAAACAACGUUGAUGAGAGCAUUUAGAUUAUUCAGCAACGAAGAUGUAACAAAGGUGCUAACUCUAUCACAUGCAAAAUACGGUUCUGUAAGUCGUGUUUAUGUUGUGUCAGAGAAAGAUGUUUUGAUCACUCCAAAUCUUCAACGACGGAUAAUUAAAGACAAUCCUCCAAAUCGCGUGGUUGAGAUUGCUGGAUCAGAUCACAUGGUCAUGAUGUCCAAACCGAAAGAUCUUUACCUGCAACUACAAUCCAUUGCUGCUAAUUAUGAUUGACUCAAUAUAUAAUU